AUGGGAGUAAGAUUUCUGUUAAAAAAGAUGAUUAUCCACCUAUGUCCUAUACAGACAAAAAAAACGCUCAGAAUAUAAAAAAGUUGUUAGGUCUCUAUGUUCAUAUCUAUGAAAUAAUGCGCUGUUCUACACUCUGUAUAGUAUGCAUAUUGUAUAGGCAUCAUCUUAAAUUGUACAAAUAGUACCUACCUAUCUAUAAUAAUAUUGGCACCUAAAUAUUUUCUUCGAUUGAAAUAAUAAGCAUAGGUAUUUCAAUGUUUGACAUAGGUACCUGCCUAUUAUAGUGAUGUAUACGUAUUAUGUAAUAAAUGCAUAAAUAUACAUAAUAUAUACUUAUGUUCAUUCAUUUAAACAUUGACCUAUUUGUCAUAUUUACAAAGUUACCACUACACAAUCGGCAACAGGAACCUAUCAACUGUAACUAUUUUUAAACGUGUAUUCAUAUAUUAUUUAAUGUUUACACUGCCUACCUACCUAUUCUAAAGCGGUAAACUGUAAUGAAAAAAAAUAUUAAAAAAAAUAUUUACCCACGUCUUUUUAAUACAAUAAUGUUAUAACUGCGCCCCUCAAAAUAAAUACAUCAAUAAAACAACGUCGCGGUGCACCGUAGAUACUUGAAUAUGAAUUUAUUGUUUUUGUUAGUUGUUAUCCAAACCAAAAAUUACGUACCACCUUAUUUGGCACCAGCUGGUACCACCCGGUUCUGGUGUAAACACGGCGCGGCCGGAUAAACAAAUUAUUUUAUUGUCUGUUGGCGAUAAUAAUACCUGAGUACCAAACUACCGAAUUAAAUACAAAUGGGGGUUAUCGCGCGUUAUAUUAUUGUCGUGCAUGCGUACGAAUACGAAUAGUGAAUACGCAUUACUUUCGUCAUCGAUUAUCAUUGAAUGUAUAUUAUACAAAAUAUUAUAAUAUAAAUUAUAAUGUGUGUAGGUAUAACCAGUGUUAUUAAAAAAAGUUAUGAAUCGCUUUAUUCAUAAUGUAAUGUUCGGUUCUAUGGGUCUAAGAAGCUGUUGCCGAAAGGUCAACGUGCAGCACGGCUGCACGAACCACACGGCACCGAUGCGCAACGUUGCGUUCCGGAUCCGGCCGGCGCGACUGAUCGAAAAUCGCAUGUGCCUGCCGCCGUCGUCCGAAAAAGAUACCGUAGUCCGCAAUAAAAGUGUUAUUUAGUCCUGUCUGAUCAGUCGUUUCUUAGCGGAUCCUCGAAUAACGUAGCGAAAAUUUUUUGUGGUCCGUCCGUCGUGUCGUUGUGUGUAUAUACGUGUGUGUGUGUGUGUGUGUGUGUGCACGCGCGCGCGCUUGUGUGUAUAAGUGUGUACCGUGAGUAUAAAAAAUAAAUUACUAAAGAAUUAUUGUUAUGGCCAUGUUGUCGGACGAUCGAUCGGACGGUCCCGGGACUACGGUGGACAUUUGAAAAUCUUAUCUGACGGACAUAGGUUUUACGAAGCUCCCGAAAAUACAAUAUAAUUACGGUGAGUUCAACCCUAGAGCCUCCUACCUAUGAUAUUAUUAUGAUUAUAAUAUUUUACGUAAUGUAAUUUCCAAAACGUUUAUGCAACGAGUAUUGAAAAUUCAUGUUUUAUUUUUUCGAUAAAAUGACACGGUCCAAUAACGAUACUUGUAAUUAUAGGUAAAAAAAAUUUGAGUAUAGUGUACAAUGUCAAGCGGUCAAUCAUAAUUUCGAUUUUUCAAUUUUUAACUAUUUUCGAAUACUUUUUAAAAAUCUUGUAUAUUAUGCAGGAAACGAAACAACUGAAAUUCUAACCAGAAACGUUAACAAGGUAAUAAAGGGAAAAACUGUAGUUGUUUUGAUUUUUUUUUUUAAAUUCCAAGAUCCAGACUUCAACCCGGGUAGGUGGUACUCUUUAUAAUUUUUCACAUGAAGAUAAACUCUGCCUUACCCCACUGUAGUUGGUGAAACUAAAAAUAGAAGAAAGUAUUUAUUUUAAUUUUAACCAUAACAAUAAUUAUCAAUUUAAAAUUAUUAGAAGCAAGUUAAUUUAGUGGUUCAUUAUUAUUUUGUCCAUUUUAUGUUUGAUGUGUAGCUUUAACUUUUAGGUAUAGUAUCUUUGGUUUCUAACUGAAAUUAUCUGAAAUUCUUUAGUACCUACCUAUCUAAGUAAUAGCGCACUAGGGCUCAAAAGAUACCAUACACUUUAGGUACCUACAUAAUAUGAAAUAGGUUCAGAGGAAUGUUCAUCAAUCAUUGACAAUAAUGAAACGUUUUGGAAAACAUAAAUUGAAAUAGGUUUUUAUUUAUUAUAAUUACAUGAGUUAGUAAUUAGUGUACGAUAACAAUAUUAAUUUUAAGAACAUUUAUUGGUAUGAUAUUUAAAAAAAAGAAUAUUUGUUUUGACAUUUGAAAAAAAAUAUACCUAUGCAAAAUUAUACUGUACAUUACAAUAGGUACUAGAGGUAUUAGAACAAGGGUAAUAGGAGUACAUUUUUUUUAAAUAGUAUGCACUACUUAUUUUAAUGAAUUUAUUUUGUACGAAAAAAAUGAACACAUUUGUAUACUGUAACUGUACCAUUACUUUGCACUUGUAUACAUAAAGUAAUAUUCAAUGAUUUAGUUGAAAAAAUAAUAGAACUGGGAUUAUGAAGUUUAGGAAAAAAUUAGGGUCCCUUGCAAUAAUUGAAUUCAAUUUAUUCUACUGGGGGCUUCACUCCACCGCACCUUAAUCACUUUUCGAACAUGACUCAAUAAUAAUUAGGUACCUAAUUAUUUACAGUAAAAAAAUAAACAUACAAACAAUAAUAUUCCUGCAGGCUGCAUUUAUGCUUACCUAUAUAUUUUAUGUAUACACAAUAGCAGAACUCACAAGUUAUAGCUCUAAAAAACGUGAUAAGCACAAUAAUAUGCUUUUAACAAAUUUUAUAUAAUCGCUUAUAUAUGUACUAAUAAUGAUAUGAUAUUAAAAAAAAAUAAUAAUAAUGAAACCGGAAUAGGUACUUAAAAACCUAUAAAAAUAAAAUACAUCUGUCAGUGAUACAAUUAAAGAGUAUUCCUUAUUGAUAGGGUUACUGUCUUACAAAGUUGAAGUGGACGUUAAUAGAAAAAAAAGCAGAUACUUGAACAUUUGUGUACAGCUUUGUGGUUGCCUAAGACAAAUUUAUAGCUCGUAUAAAUAUCUCUAAGAUCACUCAAACAAAUAUACAAAUGUUACGAGUUAUGAACCCUGCUUAUUAGGUAUGCCAUUAAUAAUUAUUAUUUUACAAAAGUAUUUAAUAUAUAAUAUGUUUAUAAUUAUUUUAUUUUUUAUAAUAUCGUUUCUUUAUGAAAUAAACUUACACUGUUUAAAUUCUGGUUAAAUUACUCAUUUUAUUAUCACACAGGGCAAAUUAAAAUACAGAAAAUAUAAUGUUUAUAUUCAUUAUUUUUAUUUAAAUUCUGGUUAAAUUACUCAUUUUAUUAUCACACAGGGCAAAUUAAAAUACAGAAAAUAUAAUGUUUAUUAUAUUCGUUAUUUUUAUUUAAAUUUAUAAUAAUUAUUGUUUCUUUCUCAACACAAUUUUUCAAUGUUUUUAAAGAGUGUUUAGUUUGUUGAAUUGUAACUGUAGUAACCUCCUGCUCCUUUUGUUAUUCGUCUUCACUUUCAUUUUUUUUUAAGAUUUUUAUCUAAUUUGAACAACAGUGUGUGUUUACUGAAGCACUUUCCUCACAAAGUUUUCUUAAAACUACAUCACGUCACUUCUUUCAAUUUGUAAGCCAACCACUACUAUCUUUAAAAUUAUUGUCUUCCUAAUUUUGUGCUUAUUCGUUUGCUUUUUCAUGUAAAAUUGUUUCACUUAUUGGUAUAUUUUUAUCUUGGCACUGCAGUAGUCCCAAAUGGUAACUUUUUUCAAUAAAAGUCUUUAAAGUUACUGUUUUCGUCAAAAUUCUACUGUAAUUAGGUAAAUUUCAUAAUUUUACAGGUUGUAAACAAAUACCUACCACAAUUAUUUUUAUUAUAUGAUAUAGAAUACUUCAAUGUAUUUGCAAAAUUUUUUUUAUGCAGAUAACUCUGGCCCAUGAUACACCCACUGAGAUAAAUAAGAAUAUAUUAUAAUAUAAUUAAUUAUAUAUAUAUAUAUAUAUAUAUUCUUAUCUAACUCAGUGCAUAUACCUACUGUAGUUUGUAUGUUCAUUUUUGACGAGUAAAAAUUAAGUACAACUGAACACCGUUGAUUAAUCGUUGCUAACGAAAAAAGUCUCUGAGUGGAGUUUGGUGUUACAUGUUUUAAAGGGGCUUACAGUUUUCAUAAAAAUGUGGUAUUAAAAUUCUUAUAAAAAAAAGAAAAACUAGAUACAUUGAACUCAAGUUUUUCUUGUUGACCACUAAGUACAAUUUAACUUAUAAUGAAUCUCUUAUUAUUUUUUCAAGUAUUUCUGUUUGGUCUAAUAAUUAAAAAAAAAAUAAAAAUAAAAAUAAUAAAACCAUUAUUUUCGUAAUUUUCCAUGUUUUUUUCCCGAUUACUAUGAAAACAACUUGGGAAAUCAAAAAGUGAUCUAUAGUAUAAACUAUAUGAAAUUUCCUUUCAUCAAAAGUGCUACACUUAAAAAUCGGAGCAAGGUUUCUGGUUGAAAUUGUGUGCACAGUUAAAAAAAAAAAAAAAUAAUAUUGAAAAACCAAUACAUUCCUCGCUUUGCUCAGAAUCUAUUAUCUACACAAAUAUGGUAAUAAGUAUUUAUUUUGUAUAUUUGAUAAAAUUAAUAAUUUACAGGAGGUGGAGAAUGUUAUAUUAUGUUGGUUAGUAUUUCAAUUAAUUUGUAUUUAAUAUUAUAUUUUAUUUUAACUAUAACCAAAAAGUUCCUACCUAUUUAAUAAGCAUUUAUCAAUGUCCAAAUAAAGAGUCAUCCUUUUUUUUUUAUAUUUUCACCAUAGAAUGUCAACAUUUUAUCUUUUUGUUUCAUACUUGACAAUAAUGUAUUUGAUGGAAUGUUGAAUUCUUCGGCGAUUUCAUAUUUUUACGGUUACCUUUUUCAACAAGGAAAUUUAAUUGUAGGGACAUUUAAUUUACACUUAUUUUCCAUUUCACAACUAUCUUUUAUGCAAUUGCAAUUAUUACGUUACUACACAAUUUUUUGUUCUUAUCAAAAUAAAAAUUGAGAGCAAAAUGUUAUUUAGUAAUAAUGUAAUGAUAGUUUCAAAGGGAUUUCAAUGUAGUUAAUGCAAUAAAAAAAUUUGACACUGCUAAGUCUGAGUUUAAAAUUGUUUGAUCAAUUUAUUAAAAAUAUUAAUUUAAGACUAAAUGAUAAUAUUACUGAUUGUUUUUAGAAUUGAAUGUUAUAAAAUUUAGUUAAAAAAAAUAUAUAUUUACAAUACUGAGUACAUCUGUGUAAUGAAAAUACAUACAUUGUCAUAAAUGUUUUUUUUUAAAUAUUUAUUUCUCAAUUAAAGACUUAUCAGUUCAAUAAAAAUAAUUUUUAAGCUAAAAUAAAAUGAAGCUUUUCAUCUAUGAUAAACAUCAUAUAAGUAUUAUGUAUAGAAUAAAUUAUUAAAUACAAAGUCCACGACUAGUAAAACAAAUACAUUUCAUUUAAUAAUAACAGAAAAAGAAUUUAUUAAUUUUAAAAAUGUAUCAAUCAAUUAUUAAACUUGAAUAAAAACUCAAUUUUGCAUGUUUGUAUUUAAUUAAGUACCAAAGUUACCUAUUAGGUAAACUAUUUAAAAAAUGUGUUGAUAGUAAUCUGUGACUAUUUAUCUUUAAAAUUGGAAUCAGCUGUAAAAUAAUGAAAAUCAUUUCAUUUCAAAGGUCAGAGUGGUUACAAAUUAUUCACAAAAUUUAGUGUCUAUCUCUGAUAGGUGGUGGCGAUAGGUAAUUUCUUAUUACUUCUCCUUAUUAAACCCAUUUGGCAAUCUGUGUGCUAUUUUCUUUCAUGAUCAUGAUACCAAACCAUCAAUGAUAUCAAUCAAUUAUUUAAAUAUUUAAUUUUGUUUAAUUUAAUUUUUGUUAUAACUUAAGUACAAAAUGUAUUCAAACUGUUUUGAUAGUUUGGCUGAAGGAGGGGGUGAGUCAUAAGAUCUGGGAGAAGUUUUGAAUAAAUAUCUUCAUUGUUAUUGGUUACUAUAUGUUUGUAACAAUACUGAAAAGAUUCACUAAAAAUUUGUGACCAGUGGCUCAUAAUCUAUUUAUUUUUUUUUAAAACGUAGAUAAUAAAAUCAAAUUAUAUAAACAUACUAUACUAGUAAUUUAAAUUUUUUUGAAAGCUUUCAAAAAGUUGAAUAUUAUAAAACUUUUAUCAUUUCUCAUAUUAAUUUCUUAUCAAGUAUUUUAUUUAUCAUUAAAAAUGAUGUUUUAUUUUUUGAAACAUAUUUUAUUUAGUUUAAUAUAAUGCAUAUAAUUGCAUAUUUAGCCACUUUUUGUAUGCAUAUUUGACAAUUUUUAAAUGCACAUAAUGUUGAGCUUUAGUUAUUACCAAGUUUAAUUGUUUAAUUCAUAUUUAAAUAAUAACAAGAUUAUAUAUUUUGGUUACAUUAACUACACUUUUUUUGUUUGCAGUAAUUACAGGUAUAAAGUGUUUUCAUUUUAAACUUGGCUUCAUAGUGUGCAAUGAAAUAAAACAUUUUUAAACUUUUUAGUCUUUUAGUCAUUAUAAAAUGUAAAAAUUAUCAAUAGUCAAAACACUUACAUCUCAUAACUCCUAAACUUGUAACAGUAUAUAAUCAUUGUUAUUAUAAAGGUAUAUAUUAUCAUUUAUAUUAUAUUCAAGCGUUGAUAACCAACAAUAUAAAUAGCCUUAAUGCAGCGAUACAAAUCAAACAACCAAAAAAAUGAAUUAUGUUCAGGAAAUUUCAAUGAAAAAAAAAAAUUAAAUUUAAAAUGUUUAAACUUACAUCUCUAAACAUAAAAAAAUAGUUGCACAGGUAUUUUAAAAUUAGGUUCAGUGGUAUUAUUCCAUUUGUUAUUAUUGUCCUAGUUAUUAUAUAUUAUCCACUAAUUAUUAUUGCAGCAAAUCAAAAUUUGAUGUUUGUACUUAGUAAUGAACCCUUUUAGUAAAAAUAAAAAACAAUAACAUCCAAAAAAAAUGUCAUUAAAAUUUUUUUCUAAAUUGUUUGUUGUUCAUAUGUUUACCAGUUAUUGUGCAUUUAUUUUAUUCUUGAUUUAUUAAUCAACUUUUUUAUAUAUUUAAAUCAAUUAAAAUUUAAAUAAGUAAGUAUUAUAUAAUUGAAAUUAGUUAUCUACCUAUUUAUCAGUGCAACAAUUAGGAGUGUGUUAGUUGGGAUGCAAACUAAUUUUAUGUGGCCUAUGUACCAAAAUAUGUUUAAAAACAUUGUCUACUACUUGGUAAUAACACAUUAUUUUAAAUUAUUUUAAAUACCAUUCAACCCAUCAUUAAGACUACUGCUGUCAUUCAAAAGUGUCAUGCAUUCUCUUCUUUUCAGUAUCCCCCGACCCCAAAUUAGGGUAAUGCUAUGUAGGUACCUAUUUAGGUAAGUUUAAUAUAAUAGGUAUUUAUGUUCUUUUUUGAUGAAGUAAUCAAAUUAGAUACAAUAUAUUUUUUUAAAUUUUAAACAUUCUUUAAAAUUUGCUUCAUUUUCUUUUGAAAAUAAUAUUUUAUUACUUAUUGUAUUGUUUGAUCUUGGUUACUUGUAUAUUUACAGAAAACUACCCUAUUUUACGACCCAAGUUCGUUUUUCAAUUUUUUUUUUUUUUAAAAUGUGUUUUAAAAUUUAAAAUUUUUAAUACUUAAUUCAUUAGUUUUGAUUAUAUCAAUGGAUUAAGCAUUAUAAAUCACACAUUUUGGAAAAAAAUUAAAUAUGUUAAAGUCCCACUAAGAAAUACGCAAAAUGGAAAACCCAAACUUCAUGAAGUUUUCCCCCAUAACUUCCAAACAAAGUUCGUCCAACUUUUUUUUAGAUUCUUAAUGGAUAGUCAAAAAUACACAUUUUGAAAAAAAAUGAACUUGAGUUGUAAACUAGAUUUAUAUCAAAAGUUGAUAUGUUUUAAGAACUAAUUUUUUGUAUUAUGUGCCUUGUGAAUAAAAUAUUGAUUGUAUUUAAUUAAUAUUUUCAUAAACACUUUGAAUCUCAAUUCAACUCGCACAUAAUAGCAUAUGUCAUAUAGGUAACCCUUUAGAAAACUGUAUGGUCUUAUAAUGAACUAGUCAUAUGACCUAUAAAAUGAUCUAUAAUAUUAAAUAUGUAAUAACAUAAAAACAUUAUUUUUGUUAUUUGAGGGUUUUGCCAAUAGUUAAUAAUCAUGUUAUUUAUGUUAGAUUAUUCUACAUUUAUUCCAAUACAUUGUACUUACUUUUUUUCCUAUAGAUAAUAAAUUUGUUCUUAAAAAAUAUAAUUUAUUUUUAUACUAUGUUUUAUAUUCUAUUUACAUAUUAUUACUUUGAAUUUAUUCAGUGGUACACUAAUGCAAAUCAAAUAUAGUGGGUGAAGCUAAAAUAUAAAUAGUUUAGGUGUUAUGUGGAAACAUAAUAUUUAUAUUGCAUACCUAUAGGUAUGCACAAUGAAGUAACUUGUAGUCAUAAAAUAAAAUAGAUUUAAUAAUUCUAAUUAUGUUGACAUAUUUUUUUUUUAUUUAUAAUAAAUUAUAAAUUAAUACAAUCAUGAAUGGUUUAAAGUUGAGAAAUAAGGGUUUUUCAUUCAAUAAUAUUAAUAAUAAAUAUUAAAGUAACAAAAAUAAUUUUUGCAUACAACUUACAGUUUAAGCAAUUUUUAAUUACAUUAAUAUAUUUUUUAAUUUCAAAAAAGACUUAAACUUCAAAAUAAAUAAUUAUAAUUAUAUUAAUGCAUUUAUGAAUAUAAGUACAAUGCAUGUUUUGGUUUCAUUAUUCAAUUUUAAUAAUUUAUCAUGAUAUUUAUUUAUAUCAUAUAAUAAAUGAGUAUAUUGCUGUAAACAAUAAAAAAUAAAAGUUGUAAUUUUAUUACUAUAUUUUAUUUGUUAUUAGGUGUUUAUAUAAAGUUUAAGAUAAGAUUAUACUAUAUUUACUUGGAUGUACAGAUAAAAUGUUUAUAAUUUUAUGGGUGGUUAGUGAAAAGUUAUACUUUUGAUGUGUCAUUGAUUUAAUUUACAUUUAUUUGUUAAAACGCUUAAAAUAUAUAAUUUAAAACUCUUGUUAGAAUUUAUUGUUGUAAUUCGUUUUUGUGUUUUUUGUCAAGUUUUGCUUUUAUUUUAUUAAUUUUUGUUAAAUUAAAAAUGUUUAAAUUUGUAAGAAAUUUUGUUAAAAUUUAAUCUUUAAACACUUAUAAAAAAAAAAAAAACACUUAUUUAGGAUUAUUACCCCAUAUUUUUUUAUUUAUUAAAUUGUUGAGGUUAAGUUGAUAGCUGACAAAUUAGUGUGAAAUAGUGUACAACCUUUUGUGAUUUUUUUAUGUUUCAUAAAAAUUUGAUCAUAAAAACUCUCAUCAUAAAAUUGUACCAUUAUAAUUAAAGAUUGAUGGAUAGAAUAGCCAUGUUAAUAAAAUUAUAGAUAAAAUAUAUUAUUCUAAUCAACUCUAUACAAAUGUAUAUUAGAUAUGCAUUAUCUAUACAAUAAUAAUUUCUAUUUGUUUUUAAUAUUUAAUCUUAAGGAAACAAACAAAAUAGGUGCACCAAUAACACGUUAAAUAUAAAAUUACAGUGAAAUUACAAUAUUUUCCAUACAGGAAUUGGAGUUAAUUAUAUACAAAAAAAAAACCUAUGGCAGAAAUUAUGAUUACCAUUAUUUAGUAAUUAUCAACUUUAACUAGAGAAUAAUAUUAUUCAUUUAUGAAAUGUAUUUUACCAUAGCACAUUAUAAAAUAAUAAAAUUAAUGAAAAAUUGUAUUUAAAAAAUUUAAGUUUGCAAAUAUGAAUCUAAUUUUAUAUGUGUAUGUAUGAUUUUAGAUUUUUAACUGUAAAAAUCACGGAAAUGCCAUGUCGGAAGCUGUGACUGAUAUAAGUCUUUUAUCGGGUAAAGUAGUAAUUUGUAAAUUUUGUUAAAUAUUUGUUAUUCUAUUGUUUAUAAUUUAGGUGAUAAUCGACUGAGACAAUUAGAAGCAUUAUUUUUGGGUGGUCCAAUACAAGGACAAGGGAAAUGCUUCAGCAUCGAAACCCUUUUAGAUGUAUUGCUUGUAUUGUAUGAUGAGUGUAAUAACUCUUCAUUACGCAGAGAGAAAACUGUUUCAGAUUUUAUAGAAUUUGGUAUGUAUAUAAUGUAUAUUUUAAUUGUUUACUGUAAUUAAAAUAUAUAAUUUAUAAAUAUUGAUAUUUAUAAAGAAAGGGCAGUUAAGUCACUUACAUUUUACUAAAAUACAUAUAACAAAUUUCCAUAAAAAAUUGAGAAUAAAAAACACCCCAAUAAAUACUUAAACUAAUUAAUUAAAAUUUAUCUUUGUAAAUUAUAUCUUGUAAAGCAUGUUUUUAUACAAUGUAUUACAUUAUUCUUCUAUAGUAAAACCUGUGGCAACAUGUGUCAAGUCAUUACGUUUAACAAGGGAUGAUUUUGAGACUAUCAAGGUAAUUGGCCGUGGGGCUUUUGGAGAAGUAUGUGUUGUGCAUUUGAAAGGAACCGAAAAAGUAUAUGCAAUGAAAAUUCUUAAUAAAUGGGAAAUGCUCAAAAGAGCUGAAACAGCAUGUUUUCAAGUAAAUUAUUAAUUAGUCAUGUAGUUACUUUGUUCUAAUAAACUCAAAUAUGUAAUAUGAAACAUUAAUUUCUUGUUUUUGUAGGAAGAAAGAGAUGUUUUAGUGUAUGGUGAUCGUAGAUGGAUAACUAACUUGCAUUAUGCUUUUCAAGAUGAAACAAAUUUGGUAAAAUUAUUUAUAAUGUUAUGAUAUAUAAAUUAUUUUUUUUUACAUAUUUAGUGUGUCCUAGUGUUAUCUGAAUGCUAAUAAUUUAUCAAUAUUAAUUUUUUUUCUAAGUUGGUUUUAUGUCAAGUUUUAAACAGAUGUAAAGAAAAAUUAUCUUUUUAUAUUUUACUUUUUAAAAUUUUAAAAAUAGCCAUUUUGUAAAAUAUUAUUCUAAUAAUUUGAAUGUAUUAUACAUUCAUAUUUGAUCAAUAGUUUUUUAGUAAUAAUAGUGUUCAUACCUUUCUCUAGAUAGACCUAGAUAUUAUCUUUCUCUUUUUCUAGAUAUUAACAGUGUUAUUCACUAUCACUAAGAAACUAUUGAUUGGUUAUGAAUGUAUGGUAUAUUACAAUUUUUAGAAUAAUAUAUUUUACGAUUUGGCUAUUUUGAAAAUUUUGCAAAGUGAAAAAAUAAAGUUACUUCUUUCAAUUUGUUAGGGAUGAAAAUACAAAAUUAAUUUUUCUCUAUAUUUAUGUCUCUGAUACAAAAUCCGAUUGAAAAAAAAAAUUUAAUAUUGUCAGAGUUAUAUAUAGCAUUCGGAUAUCACUGUAGGACACUCUGUAUAGUAGUUAUGUAUUAAUACAUAAAAUAUAUUUUAGUAUUUAUACUAUAUAAAACAAAAAUAGAAGAUACACCAAGAAUAAUUAUUUAUGUAUAGGAUGUUUCAUAAAGAUCUCAGGUCUUGAAAUGCUGAUUUUGUUGUUGAGAUUAUUAGUGAUUGUUCAUUAUAUUGUGUAUUUUGUUUAUUUUUUGUCAUGGAGUGGUACACAAUCAAGCAAUGUGUGUUGUUUAUUAAAACCCAUUAUUAGCAUGGUUGCAUGAGUAUAAGUUCCAGUUGACCCAAUUACUGGUUGAUUGGAUUUUAACCAAGUCACCUGAUGUGGAAAAAAAUCACAUUUAGUGACAAUGCACAUUUCCACUUAAGUAUCAAUAAACUUGUAUCAAUUAUUAAAAUUGUUGAAUUGGGGGAAAUAAAAACUAUCAAGGAGAAAUAAAUGCAUCUGUAGUGACUGUUUAAAGUGACAGUUACUGCAAGUAGAUUGGGUCAUAUGCAUAAUAUCAUGUUUCACACUUUAACCUUCACUCGCAGUGAACUGAUAUGUAUAAUUUAUAAUGUAUUUCUUAUAAAAGAAAAUUGAUUUAUAGAAAAAUUAAUAAAAGCUUUCCUUAUUUAUGAAACACUUUAUAAUUAAUUUGUUUAAAAAAAACAACUCAAAAUGUAUUAAUUCUAAUUCUUAAUUUCUUUAGUACCUUGUUAUGGAUUAUUACUGUGGAGGAGAUUUAUUAACUUUAUUAAGUAAAUUCUUUGAUCGGCUUCCUGAAGAUAUGGCCAGAUUUUAUAUUGCAGAAAUGAUAUUAGCUAUUAAUUCAAUUCAUGAUUUACAUUAUGUGCAUAGGUAAGCUAUUUCAGUUAUCUUAUAUAUUUUAAGAAUUUAAAUUUAAUUUAUACUCGCAUGCAACUAAAUCAACUCACUUCUUUAGUCUGCACAAAAAGGCAUAUUUUUUUAAAAUGGCUAAACUGAUUUUUUUACAAAAAAAAUUUGUUUUGAACGUUUUUUUUUACAUUAUUGUGGAAAUAUGUCCAAUAUUUUUCAAAUUCAUGUUGUUGGAACUUUGUCAUAGCAGAAUGCAGUCUAUUAAUAAUCUCUAAUUGCCUGCCGUUAUCUCUGUAUUAUUCUAUGUACACAGUCUUUUAUUAUUUCGUAUUAUUAAUCACUUAUAGGAAAUUGACCUGAAUACCUUUCUAGAAGUAUUAUUUAUUUUUUUUAAAAAACCAUGGCUACUAGAAUAGGACAGGCCUCAUAAGUUAUUGGCUUGUUGCAAGCAGGAUUUAGUCAACAAAAAGUUGUUCAUCAACUAAACCUGAGCCAAUUUUCUGUCCAGGAAUCCAGUACCUUCACUCAGAGACCACAUACUAACCGGUGCUAGUGCACAUUUGAGAGAGAUGAUUGUUUUAUCAACUCAACUUUAUUGUGAAUUCGACAUCCCAUGUGUACCAGGAGCUGACAAAUAUUCGAGGAGUAGCUGAUAGUCAAUGGAUGAUCAGAAGACCCUUGAAGAAAGCCAAAAUCAUUCCAAGCUAGAAUCCCAAAAUUGACUCCAAGUCAUUCAAACUCCACUCAAAUUUGAUCAGAAACACAUCAAUUAUUGGUGGUUCUUGCAUAAUGUGAACUGGAAUAUCCUUUGAGAGAAAAAUGGAUCUUGUUUUGGGAAGUCUGACUAUCCAAUGAUACAAGGAGGACAUUCUCUUAGAUUAUUUUGUGCCUUAUACAGGAUAUAUAAAGACAGACUUUAUGUUGAUGCAUGAUAAUGCCCAGUAUUAUACAGCAAAUAUCACUGAGCAAUGUAUGAAGUGGUCAGCCAUCAGUCCUGAUAUGAAUUCGAUUGAGCAUUUAUAGGAUAAACUUAAAGGGAGGGUCAGAGUCAGAAAUCCGGACCCAAAUACUAUCAAUAAGUUCAAAACUGCGCUUGUAGAGGAGUGGAGUGGGAUUCUCCUAGACUGUCAAAACCCUAAUAAGGUCUAUGAAGAACCCAAUGCAGACUGUUAUAAAGGCAAGGGGAGUUAAUACCAAGUAUCGAUCAAUGCAUUUUUUCUAUAAAUUUGUUUUGUUUUGAUUGAAUUUUGUUGAAAUUUAAUUUUAAGUUUUCAUAGUAUUGCAUUUUCCUUUUGUGUUUGAUUAAAAAAUGCAUUAUAUAAAAAAAAAAAAUACUGUACAUAUAUUUAUGAUAAUGGUGUAAUUGUAAAGUAAAAACAUUAGAAAAAAUUUGUUUUGUAAAAAUCGGUUUGGAUGUUUUAAAAAAUAUGCCUUUUUGUGUACAUUAGGGGGGAGAUUUAGGUGUAGGCAUUACGUGCAAAUACAUUUUUGAAAUAGUAUUAUAUAUUUAAACUAAACUGGUAAAAUCUAAUGUUACUGGAUUUUUAUUUUUAAAUAUUUAUAUUAGGGUAUUUAAUUUACAGGGAUAUUAAACCAGAUAAUGUACUAUUAGAUGCUAAUGGUCAUAUACGGUUGGCUGAUUUUGGAUCUUGUUUGAAAGUGGGCUCAAAUGGUUUUGUGGAAAGUAAUGUUGCUGUAGGUACACCAGAUUAUAUUUCUCCUGAAAUAUUACAAGCCAUUGAGGAUGGACAAGGUUGUUAUGGACGUGAAUGUGAUUGGUGGUCAUUGGGAGUAUGUAUGUAUGAAAUGAUUUAUGGGGAAACUCCAUUUUAUGCUGAAUCACUCGUACAUACUUAUGCAAAGAUAAUGAAUCAUAAGGUAUUUUAUUGUAUCUGUUUAACAUUAAUAAUAAUACAAUUUGGCUUCAUAUUCUGUAAAUACUAUUAAUAAUUAUUUUUAUAACAAUUAAAUGUGUAAAAUUAAGUAUAUGGUUGUAAUUAAUAUUUUGAUGUACAGUGUGGUUAUAUUUCCUGACAACAUUAAAUAUUUUGGCCAGAUUACUUUGGAUUUGAAUUCCAUUUUCAGGAGGUGAUAAGGAGAAUUUAAAGACACACUUUAAAGGAUUUACAGGGGACGCUGUGUUAGUGGAAAAAUAUUAUUAGGAAAAAAAAUAUUAGGAGUAUUAGUAAAGGUUGAUUUUUAAUAAUAAUUGAAAAUUUCAAUUUUUAAUGGCUUAAAAGUGCUUUGACUAAAUAAUGGUUUUUACUAAAACAAAAAUAUAGGUAUUUGAGUCUUAUAUGUAAUCAUAUAUUUUUGUUUAAAUAGCUUAAUAUUAUUACUAUUCCAUUAAAGGGUAGAGUAUAUAUAUUUUUGUCUUUAAAUAAUAUGCCAGAGUAUUAAUUAGCUUAAAAAAACUUCAUUGAAAUAAUUUAUGAUCCCUAUAAAACAUUAAAAUACAGUACUCUGUAAAAUAUAGCUAAUUUAAAUUUUAGUUGUCAGGAGUUGCUUAUUUAGCUUUACUUCCACACUAAAUGCUGUUUCUAUUUGUUAAAAAUAAUAUAUAAUAUGAUAUAUUUUUCAUCAACUAUUAUGUUAUAAUAUUAGAAACUAAAUAACUUAUUUCUGGGUAUUUUAAAUAGUAAAGUAUUUUAAAUUUUUUAGUUGAAAUUAAAUUAUGCAAAAAAAAAGUUUUCUUAAAAAGAUUAAACUUUAAAGAGUUAUCAAUUAUUAAAGAAUGGUUUUUUGAAAUUAACAUUCAAAUUGUAUGUUUUUAGUGGUAAUUUUUUUUAUUUGUAUCAAAAUUUUAGAUUUUUUCAACAUCAAUAUAUGGGUGAAAUUGAAUUUUGAUAUAAAUUAUUAUGAAAAAGUCUUAAAAUAAUAAUUAUAACUUAGAAAUAAUUAGUAUUGCAUGAAGUAUUCACAUUAUUGUAAAAAUCUAUUAUUUAAAAAAUUACGAAGAGAGAUUAUUAGAGAAAUUCAUGAUUUUUAUUGGAAAUUUAAAUUUAAUUUAUAUGGUUUAUUAUUGUUUAGAAUUGUUUCGACUUUCCUAAUGAUCCAGAAGUACAAGUUUCUGAUGAAGCUAAAGAUUUAAUGAAAAAACUAAUCUGUAGUGCUGAACAAAGGAUGGGCCAAACUGGUAUUAAUGAUUUUAAAGUAAGCUAGCUAAAUACAUUUUUUUUUUAUAACCAAGAAUUAAUUAUAUUUAAAAAAAAAUAUAAUUUUCCAGGAACACAAUUGGUUUGUCGGUGUAGAUUGGGAUACUAUCAGAGACAGUGUGGCACCAUAUAUACCUGAGGUGUCCAGUCCAACUGAUACCAGUCAUUUUGAUGUAGAAGAAAUAGAUAUAAAAACUGAUAUUUUCCCUCCUACUCCAUCAAAUCCCAUAUUUUCAGCACUCCAUUUACCUUUUAUUGGGUUUACUUUUACUCAAAAUAGUUUUGUAUCUGAUCUUGGAUCUGUUGGAAAAUCGCUUACAUUAGGAAAGACAACAAAAAGAAUGCGCUCACAAGAAGAAAAGAGUGAAACAGAAGGUAGGCACAAUAUUAUCUUUAAUGAGACACUAUUAUAAUUAAGUAAUUUAUUUUUUGAUAAUUUAAAAAAUGUUAAUUUUUUUUCAUAAAAAUAAUAAUAAUAACAUUAUUAGAUAGUAUCAUUUAUAUGUUUAGAUUCUGAAGAUCAAUUAAAAAAAUACAAAGAAAAUAAAACAUCCCAAAAUUUCUCCAUUAGUGAUGAAAAAGAAUUAGAUAUUAUAAUAAAACAAUUUCAACAAGAAAAAGAAGAACUUCAAAAGGUUGGUAACUAGUAAUAGCAAACAAUUUUAAAAUUAUUGUAUUUGACUAAAAAUAAGUUAAGUUAAUGCUAAUUGAAGUGUCAGUUGUGCAUCCUGGUGGGGCAAGGGAGCAUUUCAUUAGGUGUUCAUCAGAUUGGCUCUCAUUCACAUGUGCCAGGUCCUUCUUGGUAUCCCCAUUUCACCAUGUUGAUUCUUGUCUUUGCUACUCCGGCUCUUAGCCUGUUUAUUGUUUUCCAUAAGAACCAUGGUAGGUUUCCACCUGGUGGUAGUCGUUCAUCAGGUAGGACAGGUGAUUUAGCUCGUAGCUCUCUCCAUUUGCGUAUUCGAUGUUGGUCGGGAGGCUCUUGGAUCGCAUGUGCUAGCGAUAAAACUUCUUCUUGAUUUAAGUCUUCUUUGGGGCCCUAAAUAACCAUACAUGGGAUGCCUUUGGGAUAGUUUGUUUUGUUCUUUCUAUACAUGUGGCCACAUAUCUCCGUAUUUCUGGUGAAGCAAUUCCCGCAAAUGGAUAUAUAUAUUUUAAUGGUGUAGCUUUGAGACAUCCAGUUAUCAGCCUAAAGGUUUCAUUCAAUGCCGUAUCAACGUGUUUAGUAUGUUUCCACUGGUUCCACACUGGGCAAGCAUACUCGCCUCUAGAGAAGUAUAGUGCCAGUCCUGUAGUGUGAAUUGUGUUUGGUGUGGCACCCCAUUUACUACCUGCUAGUUUCUGUAGUAAGUUAUUCCUUGUUUGUACUUUCAUUUUUGUUUUUCUACACUGCUCCUUAAAUGUGAGGGACCUGUCCAAUGUAGCUCCUAGGUAAACUGGCUGUUCUGUUUUUUAAUAUUUUUCCAAGCCACUCAACUUUUAAUUUCCCUUUUGCCUCACGAUUUCGGAGUCUUAUCCAGGUUUGGUGUUGGUUUCUUGCAUAAUACGUUGUUAGUUCUUGGAGAGUUUUUGUAAGCUUUCGUUCGACUUCUUGGAAUGUUAUGUCCUGUGCUGCUAUGACCAAGUCGUCUGCGUAUAAAAAGUGCCUUGUUUCUUCUAUGAUUGGUUGGGCAUUUGUGUAUAUAUUAAAUAGCAUGGGUGCCAGUACGCUACCCUGUGGUAAGCCAUUUCGCUGAUUUCUCUAUUUGCUCCAUUUAUUGUUUAGCGACUGUAAACCGUGGAUUGUGUAGCAAAGAAGAUAUUAUUUGUACAAGGUGCCAGUCAUUUGUGUAUUUAUAUAUGUUUUUUAGUAUUAGGUUGUGAUUCACCGUGUCAUACGCUGCAGUUAGGUCUACAAGAACAACUCCUGUUACCUUUUUGUUCUCAUAGCCAUCUUCAAUAUGUUGGCAUAAGUUUAGUACUUGUCCUGUACAGGACUUACCAGGCCUAAAACCAGCUUUUUCGGUGAUGAGUUUUCUUUCAACUUGUUCUUUUAUAUGAUUCAUAAUCGUUCGUUCAUACAAUUUGAAAUUAUAAAUUCAUACAAUUUGGCAAAGUAGAGAUAUAGGUCUAUAGGUUUUAGGGUCCUUGUAAUCUUUGCCUGGUUUGGGCAGGGCCACUACCUUUGCCUUUCUCCAUGUUUUUGGUACCAAGGCAUUUUCGCGACAGGAGUUGAGGAAAUUUAACAGCCAUUGUUUUGUUUUUGUGUCGAAAUGUUUUAUCUGUUCUGUCAGGCCCUGGUGCUUUGCCGUUUUUCAUCUCUUUUAGGCUCACGUGUAAUUCGUGAAUAGUAAAAUCAAGUUGGAAGCUAUUUUUCUCAUUUUCUCGAUCUUUGAUGAGUUUUUCUUUUUUAUUUAUGAUUUCUGAUUUUCCGUUUAGGAGUAAUUAAUUGUGUAGCUACUUGAUUUGCUGUUACAUUUAUAUCAUUCAUAUGUGUAACGGGAUCUCCAUUAAGCUUCUUUUCAAUCGCCAUGCUUUUUUGCUAUUUUUCGUCAUAUCUGUGUUUUCUAUAAGUUCGUGCCAUCUGUCAUUUCUAUCUUUACAUAAAAGCUUUGUUAACUCCUUUCAUAAUUGUUUCUUCACUUAAUGGAUCUUAUUUGAAAUAAUAUGAUAAAAUUUGAAUUAUGGUUUUUGGUCUUAGGAAAAGCAAGAAACACAAGAAAAAUUAAAAUCUCAAGAAAUAGAGCUAAUGGACGCCUUGGGACAAAAAAAUAAUGCAAUGACUGAAUAUGGCCAUGUUACAAAUAAGUAUGAUCAUUUUAUAAUAUUUUCACUAAUUUAGAUAAGUGUUAAAAACAACAGUUAAUUAUUUAUAGGUUGUCUGAGCUUAGGCAGCAUAAACAAAAACUUUCUAGACUUGUUAGAGAUAAAGAAGAAGAAUUAGAAGAAGCUAUGUCUAAAAUUGAUAUUUUACGGCAAGAAGUUCGUCGAUCAGAAAAAGUUCGAAGAGAAUUGGAAAGCAGAUUAGAAGAGUCUAUGGCUGAUGUCAUAAAUGAACGUAAACUGCGUGAAAAGAAUGAAGAAAUGUGUCAUCAAGUACAUAUAAUAAUAUUAUUUAUUUGAUAAAUGAUAAUUUAUUUUUGAAAUAUUUGUUUUAGUAUAAGAUUGAAAUUGAAAAAUCUAAUUCACCAUCCUAUGCUGGUAAUGCUUUUGAAACAAGUGAAAAUGUCAAUCAAAGAGCUGUGCAAGAAAUAGUUCGGUAUGCCAGAUAUUAAAAAAAAAAAAAAUUUUUUUUCUUUAAUGUAAUGAAAUUUUAAUUAUCAAUAUAUCAAAGCAAUAUUUUAGGUUGAGAGCUAAUAAAAAUAAUCAAAUGUUUAGGGAAUAUGAGUUUUUUUUUUUAAUAAAAUAACCUAAAUAUUCAAAACCUAAUGCUUGAUUUAUUAGUUUUGAUAGUAAUUUUAAUUUAUGGAAUUUUGUGUCAGUUGUAUUUUUAAAGUAGCCAAUAUAUUUAAACAAUUUUAUUGAAAAUAUAAGCCUAUAUAAAAAUGUAAAUAAGUAUAUAUAUAUAAUUUACUAUCUUUAACUUUUAAUAAAAUAAUUUUUUUUGUGACUAUUUAUAAAUAUAAUCUUAAUUAUUUUAUUAGCUUAAAAGGAGAAAUAGAACGAUUAGAAGUUGAAUAUAAUGAAAAUAUUAGCAAGGAGCAAGCAAAGUAUAAUUUGGAAACCAAUAAGCUGAAAGAUCAAUUAUUUGAAACUGAAGUUAUUCAAAAAUCUUUAGAAAAAGAAGUAUAUUGUUAAUUUAUAGAUUUUUUAUAGUAUAUGUGAAUUAUUUUGAUAGUGCUUUGUACAAUUAUUAGUCAAUAAAAUAUAUUUUGUUAAUUAUUAAUAUUUAGAAAAAAGAAAGUACUGAGAUUAUCCGAACUAUUGAAUUUGAACAUAAAAGAUUGAAAGAUGAAUUACAUGUAAAAAAACAAACUAUCAGUCAAUUGGAAUCACAAAUAUCUGAUAUAAUACAAUGGUAAUAAAUCAUUUUUGAAUAAAUUAUAUGUUUGUUUCAUAAAUUAAAUUUCUAGGAUUAGUGAUGAAAAAGAUGCUCGAGGAUAUUUGCAAGUAUUAGCUGCAAAAAUGAAAGAAGAAUUAGAGUAUUUAAAACAGUGUCCUAAUAAUAAUGGCCAAUCAGCUUUGGUAAGAAUAUUUUAAAUGGUUUUCAUCAGAUUUCACAAUUUUAAAUUAUAUUUUUAAUACAAUAGAGUAGGUAAAACAAUGUUGCAUAUCCAUUUAUUAUUUUAUAUUUGUAUUACCCAACUAAGCUAAAUAUGGAUGCUUUACAAAUUAUCUAAAAUAAAUUAAAGUAAUAAAAUAUUUUAAUAGGUCAAAUUAUUAAACAGAGUGGUAAAGAUUGAAAGGCCAAUUUUAAAAUUGACAAUAUACAUUUUUGUGGUAGAAGGUUGAAAAUGUAGGAAAUUUUAAAAUAAAUAUUGUGAGUGAAACAGAAUAGUUGUAAAUGGCUUCCCUAAGCAGUGAUGCAUUCUUUGAUUCUAAUCACUUUCUCCAAAUUUCCACCUGAAUUAAUGAAAAUAUACACUUUAAAAUCAAGAGGGUUGGUGGUCUGUUGACAUAAACCUUUGACACUUUAGAUAACCCCAUAAGAAUUCUUGAAAUUUGCAUUAUGUAAAACUGGCUCCAUGAUAAAAGUGUGAUGUUGAACAAUCCAAUUGGAUUAACCUUCCUACAGACUACAUAAUAAGUUUGAAAUAUUUGACAUUCCCUCCCACAGCCAUGCUGAUUAAAAAUUGGGUUUUCAGUCUUCAUCAUUCUUUAAAUAAAAUAGCAAAUUUGUAAAAAAAAAAAAUUACUGAAUUUGUAUAUAUAUAAUGAACCAGUAAAAUAUUAAUUAGGAAUAAAAUAUAUUGUUUUAGUUUUCAAAUCAAACAUAUUGAUUUUUAGUAACAUAUAAUAACAUGAUCAUUUAUAUUGUUUUGUAAAAUACAUUAUUAAUUAGAAUAUUCCAAAUUUCCAUUUUAUUGCUAUUUGUCAUAGAUGGCUUGUAUAAUUCUUUAUAUAACUAUGUGUUAUAUCUUACACUUAGGUUUAAACUUUAAAAUAUUAAGAAUUAGUUUUGUCUUAUUAUGUCUUUUUCUAGGAUAACAGUUGGAGAAAUAGAAGAAGUCAGAAACUUGAUAAAAUGGAACUUUUAAAUCUUCAAAGUUCAUUGCAAUCAGAAAUUCAAGCAAAACAAUCAAUUGGUGAAGAGUUAAGCAAAACACGUUCAGAACUUAUUGCCAUGCAAAAGUAUUAUUUUUUUAUAUUAGUAGAGACACUUGUUGGAAUUAGAUUGUAUCAGCCUUUACAUAAUUUAUGGUAUUAAUUUUUUUUUAUUCUCCUAAGAGCUACAGACUUUGGCUUCCAAUAUAAUUUGUCUGUACUCAUCCAAAUCUAUAUUUUCUUAUAUAGUUUCAUGUACCCAUUUGCUGUAGAUUUUUAUCUACUUCAUCCAGUCAUCUAUUACACACACAAAACAGUAAAACUAAACAUUUUUCUAAAAUGUUUAUAAUUUAUAGAGUAUAAAUAUUAUAUUACGAUAAAUUUGUAUAAGAUUACUUAUUGAUAAGUUAGUUUGUUUUUGAAUUUUUUAAAAAUUUACCUUAUUAAUUAUUAUUUAUUUAUUAUAAAAUAUAUAUUUCAUUUACUUUCAGAGAAUUAAGAGAUUUCCAUCAGCGAUAUGAAUCUUUAGUAUAUACUAUGAAAGAUAAAGAUGAUGUGAUUAAAGAAUUACAGAAUCAAUUAGAUGCUAGACAGUCCUGUAAGUUAAAAUAUUUUAUAACAGUUAUAUAAAUUUUAUUGUGUUUUUACUAGUGCAGUGUCCUGGCCUAGUUAAUAUUUUGGCUUACAUCCUUCAUAAAUAAAUACUAGUAGGUCAUUAUUUUAAUUAUAUUAUUUUUUUUUUUUGUGUGUAUUUGAAAAAUAAAAAAAUUCAAGUACAGUGGUUAAAAUUUGUUAUAAUAUUUGUAGGAGAAUACAUAAAUAUAUAAUUUUAGUAAAGUAGGUUCAUAAACAAUAUAGUUAUAUAAUUCCAACCAACAGAGUAAAACAAAAAAAAACAUUUUAUUAUAAAUAAAAAUUGUGGUUAGUCUACAUAUUAGAAUGUUUAAUUUAUAAAAGAAUUAAUAAAAGUAGUAAAAUUUGAAUGAAAUAUCUUAUUUGGAAUAAUUGAAUAAAUUGCCAAAUAAAAUAUGUUUUAGUAUUCAAUUAAAUUGAUUUUAAGUUAAUUUUUAAAUUAUAAAAAACAUUAUUAUAGUUAUUUUACCUUCACAAUGAGUUUUCUUUAAAUCUUAAAAUACAUUUUUAAUUUAAUAAUGUUAUCCAUUUUCCGCAUGAUGCUUUAAUAAGUGCUUCACAGCUACUAUGGGUUACCAUAUUACUAUAUUACCAAUCAUUUAUGUGUUAUUUUAUCAAAAAUUAUUUAUAAUCGAUAUAUUUAUAGUAAUUAAUAAAUUGGAAUACAAUUUUAAUCUUGUGAUUUAAAUUCAGGAAUCUUAUUAAUUAUUAAAUGUAUACAAAUAUUUAACAGAAAUAUAAUAAUAUUAUGAUCUUUAAAUACUAAAACAUUUAUUGUUUACAAUUUUACUUUAUUUUGGUGUUUAUGUUUCAUAAUUAUAAUUUAAAAACUAAAAUUAAAUUUUCAUCAAUUUUAAAUUAGGUAUGUUGGUAUAUUAUAUUUGUAUCAGUUUAAUAAAUGUUAAUAUUUUGUUUAUUAUACACAAAUUAAAUAUUGUGUUAGGUUUAAACAAGUUACCUAUUUAUUAAUAGAACUGAAUAUAACAAUAAUUUAUAGUUGUAUAUAUUUAUUUUUCUUGUUCAGUAAUAAUUAUUAUAAUUUGUUUUAUUUAACUAGGCAAGUUGCCUUUGUUUAUUGGAUUAUCAAGUUGUGUUUGGGGGCUCGUCAUUAUCUUGUUUCAAUACUAUUUCUGACUAGAACUUCUUUUUUCAAUAGGUUUGUAAUGAUUAGAUUAAUGUGUGAAAACAUAUUGCUGUUGAUUUUAACAUUGUUAUAUUAACACCACUACAAGUUUGAAGGUGGCUACUUAAAUAUUUGUUGAACCCUACUACUUUGUGUCCAUAUAAUUUAUAUUAUUGUUUAAUUUGAUGUGUACACUGUAUAGUGUAAAUAUAAUAAUUUUAUUUAAAACAUAUAUAACAUCAUAUGUGUCAAGUUAUAGUGUGAUUAACUGUGUGUUUUAUAUUUAAUUAAUAAGAGUUUGAUGAAAUAGUAAUCACCAGUGCCAUAAUUAUAAAAAAACAAUAAAAGAUAGAUUUUUUUAAGAUAAAAAAAUAAAAACCCUUGAACUGGACCCUAACUCGUAGAGAUACCCCAACCCACACCCACUUUACACCACUUGAACAUAAUUCAAUAGUUAAUAAUUUACAAAAAAAAAAAAUAACCAAUAAUAAUACUCUUUCAGGCUGUUUUUCCUUUUAUAUUUAUUUUAUAUUCUGAUUAGUUGGAAAGUUAAUAGUUUUUCUAAGAAUAGUUGUUUCCUGAAUAAAAUUUUUGUAUGUUAGUAGAAUACUCCCAAUUUUUCUCAUAAUAUCUUGAAAGAUAUGCAUUUUUUAAUUAGUAGUGCUUUAUUUAAAACAAAUUUCUAGAUUCCAGUUUUUUUAUCUAAUUUAAAAAACUGAUAAUAAAUUAGUUUUUAUUUGUAUUCAUUUCUAAAUUACCUUAAUUAUAAGGAAAAAAAUACAACUAAUAAUAUUCUGCUGAAAAUUGUAUUUUUCAUUAAAAUAAUACAUUGUUGCUUAAAGUACAUAAAUUAAAUUAUCUUAAUCCUAUCUCUAUCCUAUAUCUUUAUCUGUUAUAAUGGACUGUUCAAUGUUCAAAGUCUUCUCCUGUGAUGGAUAAAAUGUAUGGUUUUAUUUUUGACUAGUACUUUAUGAAAUGGAUUUCUUGAUAAGUUAGUUUUUCAUGCAGAUCCUUUUAAUCCUGUAAAUUGAAUUGUGCACUUAAGCUGAUGUCUGUUGAGAUUUAGGAACUGUUCCUAUCUAUAUGUGAUUUAGUACUUUCCAGUCUUAGUAAGAUAGUUGGUGUUCAGAGGAUAGUGCUUUUUCAAUCAUGUUGGUUGAUUAAUCUUUCCAAAUUUCUAGAAGUAUCUAGUCACAAACAGAUGUAUUUCAUCAACUUGCCGAUAGCCAAUUUUUCAACCAUCAGUCAACAAAACCACCCUCAUUUAUGUAAAGUACAUAUUACUUAUAGAUUUUUUAGUUUUAUAUAUAUUUAUAGGUAGGUAUUUAAUUUACAUUUUUGUAUCAUAUAGUGCAACAUGUUUUACAGCAAAUUAUUGAUUGGUUGUAUGCUCAGCAUCUAUUAUUGAAAUGUUUAAAAUGGCCUAGUGUUCAUCCUUUGUAAACCUUUGUAUUAAAAACUUUUUUAUGUACACAUUUAUUUGUAUAAAACUAAAGGUUUUUUUUGUUAAUAUUGAAACAAUCAUUAUAACUUACAAAAAAUGCUCACUGAUUUAUUAACCCAUUGAAAUAUAAAUGAUAUUAAAUAUUAAAUUAAAGUCCAUUAGAUAAUAAUUUAUUCUUCUUGUGUCAAUUAGCUAUGUCAAGUUAAUUUGUUGAGUCACUAAUUGAUCUGUAUCAUUACUUUUCUAUAUGGUUCUCUAAAGAUUUAAAAAUCACACGUUUAGUUGGUUGUUUCUAGCUUUAGUUCAGGUUGAACUCAGACAUUAUACACAAUAUUUGUAUGAGUAUAUUUUAUUAAUUUAUUUGGAAAAUAAUCAAAAACUUUUAAAUUUUAAAAUUUUAACUGACUUGAAGGUGCUUGCAGUAUAUUGAUCAAUAAGUCAGAAAACUCAUCUGAAUAUGUGUUAUUAGUGGCCAGUACUUAUAUUCUCGACCCUCCACCACUAUAGCCACUAUAUUAUCUAUCAGUUUCUGGUGAAUGUAGAUUUGGCACGUGAGAUAACUAUUGCUUGGCUACUUUGACUAGAGGUACAACAUGCCUGCAAAAGGUACAAAAUGCCCUGCAUUCCCAUACUUUGAAAGACAUUGUGGCAUAAGUCUUUCACAUUCACAUUUUACAGUCUUCUAUUUUUCAUUGAAUGCUAUUAUUUUUCAUUCAUCUUAGUUAACUAUGAAGUAGUUUAAGGUUUCCUAAAGUCCAUAUUUAAGGUUCUUUUCCUAAGGAAUGUUUUAUAUUGUUCUUUUGUUUCAGUUUUCAUUGGAUUUACAUUUCUUUUGUCAUUAUUUAUGUCAUUUUAUGUCUGGCAGGCUUAUGCUGCAAAAUGUUUAUAGUUAGUGCUUGUUAGACAGCUCAUGAUGAUUCUUUAAGUUUCAUUAACUACUACAUCUACUUGUACUUUAUAUUAACCAUACUCAUUUGAUAACUACUAAACCGACCAAUACAUUCUUGAUGUGCAUUUACAAUUUAGAAAACUGAGUGCAUUAUGACACAAAUUUACAUUGCAGUCAUAAUUAUUACAAAUAAUAAAUUUUAAAUAUGUGUAAUUAUGUAUUUAUACAUAAUAUAUUAUUUUUGUGUAAAUAAAUCUGUAUCUACAAUUUUUUGAUUAAAAUGAUGCCUGUAUCUACCAAUGCAUGAUAUUAAAAUUACAGUCCUUAGAAUUUAAUUUAUACCUUUUCAAAUGAUAUCAGAGUUUAUUAAAAAAAACAAUGUUUAAAGAAUUAAAGCUACUUAAAAAAAUUAAAAAUGAAUUUAAAAAUUGUUUGUAUGAAAAUUGUUUUAAAAUCUACUACAGCACUCUCAAUAUUCUCCUUUUUAAAUUUUUGUAUUUGUUUUUGAACUCCUAUUUCAACCUAACCCCCACAAUCUAUAUUCUAAAAAUAAUACAAAAUGUGUUAUUGACAGACACAUCUGACAUUUAAUAUUUAUGACUGAAUGAUAAAUAUUAAAAUCUGAAUACCAUCAUUACCUCUCUCCAAUUGGGGCACUGGUGAUGUUAACAAAACAUAUAAUUAAUUAAAUAAUAUAUGAUGUUAGUAUUCUAUGUAUUUUAUGAUACUUCUACAAUAUAUUAAUUUUACUGAUGUAUUGUUUAAAGUUAAUGUAAAAAUAAACUCUGAAAUAUGUAUUUUUCAUUUUUUUUUUUUUUAUAAAAAUACUCUCAUUUUUUAAAAUAUUUCAAUUUUAAAAGAGAUUUAGAAAAUAUUUUUAUUUAUUUUAUAAAUAUUUAAAUUUUCAACCAUCGGUUUAUGAAUAUGCAAGUUUCAAAAUAUAAAUUAUCAACUUUAUGAUGCAUUUUGUAUACAAUACAUUCAUAUUAAAUAUUUUGUUAUUACUAAAGAUUUUUAAAAAAUACCUGUAUAUAAAUGUUUUUUUUUGGCAGUGUUUUUUUAAAAAACAAUUUUCAUUUUUACUAAAUCUAGUAUAUAUUCUAUGAAUUUAUUUAUUACUUUUUAGUAUGAUAAUUUUUAUUAUUUACAGUUUUAGGCCAAUCUUCAUGUUCACCGCUAUCUUAUUUAGACCACUUUUUAAAUGAAUCUGCAACUGGAAAUAGCAACAAAUCUAAUUUAAACGAUAGUAUUGAUAGUUAUGACCGGAGUUUUGAUGAAAAUAAAGCAUUGUCCAUUCGAAAGUCUAGUUUUUCAGAUUUCAACAAUUCAGUUAGUGUUUUUUUAAAUUUUAUACUGUUGUUAUUAUUAUAAUUUUAACAUUUAAAAUUUUAAUUUUAGAACUCAAAUAGUUUAAUAUCUGAGAAAGGAAAAUGCCAUCAGUUUGUUGUUAGAACAUUUUCAUCUCCUACCAAAUGUAAUCAUUGUACAUCAUUGAUGGUCGGCCUUGUUAGACAAGGUGUAAUAUGUGAGGUGUGUGGAUUUGUGUGCCACACAGUUUGCUCUGACAAAGUUCCAUUACUUUGUCCAGUGCCACCUGAUCAAAGUAAUUAUAUUAAGAAUAAUACAUAUAAUGUUAAAACUAAUGUGUGGAAUAUAUCAUUAUUAUAGCUAAAAGACCAUUAGGAAUUGAUCCUACUCGUGGUAUAGGUACUGCUUAUGAAGGUUAUGUUAAAGUUCCUAGAUCUGGUGGAGUUAAAAAAGGGUGGGUGAGACAAUUUGUGGUAGUCUGUGAUUUCAAAUUAUUCCUAUAUGAUAUUUCACAAGAUCGAAAUGCUUUACCUGCAGUAACUGUAUCACAAGUAUUAGAUAUGCGUGAUCCAGAAUUUGCAGUCUCUUCAGUUAGAGAGUCUGAUGUUAUUCAUGCUGGAAAAAAGGAUAUACCCUGCAUUUUCCGUGUAUGUAUUUGGUACAAUAUUAUUGUCACUAAUAAUUUACUGUUAAUUAUUUAAACUAUUAAUUUUUGUAUAUUCUAGAUUACUACAUCACUUUUAGAUCCACCAGGAGUAAAAAAUCAAACAUUGAUGUUAGCUGAUACAGAAAGUGAAAAAAAUAAGUGGAUUGUUGCACUAAGUGAAUUGCACAGAAUAUUGAAACGAAAUAAUUUACCCAAUACCACGGUAGUAAGAGUUCAACUAUUAUUGUUACUAUUUGAUUUAUUGUCUAAAAUUAUUCUAAUAAAUAUUUUGAUUUAGAUCUUCAAAGCAAAAGAACUUAUAGAUAAUACAAUUACAAUCACCAAAAAUGCAAUGGCAAGUGCUAUAAUUGAUCCAGAACGAUUAGUAAUAGGAACAGAAGAUGGCUUAUAUUGUAUAGAUUUGGAUCAGUUAGGUAUGUAUUAUUUUAGAAGAAUUUAUAAUUCAAUAAUUGAUAUAAUUUUUGAUUAAUUAAUUCUAGAAAUUGCCAGAAUUGGUGAGGCAAAAAAAAUUUAUCAAAUAGACUACAUUACAGAAGAGCAGCUCAUUGUUGUGCUAUCUGGUAAACAAAGACAAGUCCGUUUAAUUCCCAUGCGAGCAUUAGAUGGUGAUGAUGUUGAAUGGGUGAAAGUAGUUGAAAGUAAAGGUUGUAUAACAUUUUGCACUGGCUUGAUGAAAAAAUAUCCUGGAAUUACAAAUUUACAAUACUGUUUGUGCAUAGCAAUAAAAAGACAGGUAAAAUUAAUAACAUUAAUAUACAGAUUAAGUUAGAAUAAAAUCUAUUAAUUGACAUUGUAGAACACUUCUCAGGUGAUAAUUUAUGAGGUAACCAGAACUAAGCUGAGACAUAGGAGACUUAGGGAAAUAAUGCUUCCCUCUCAAGCUCAGAGUUUAACAAUAUUUACUGAUGGACGAUUGUGUGUUGGCUAUCAUUCUGGUUUCAGUGUGUACCAUAUAACUGGAGACCAUCAUCCAAUAUGUAAACUACAAGUUUUUAAAUUUUUUUUUUUAAAUUUAAUAUGUUUGUAUGUAUAAUCCUAUCUAAUUUCACAGCCUUGGUACAUCCUGAUAAUCAUAUGACAGGUUUCUUAUCAUAUUCUGCAAUGGAUGCUAUUAAAGCAAUUGAACUUCCUAGAGGUGAAUUUUUGCUGAUUUUCCAAUCAUUGGGUAUUUAUGUAGAUUCACAAGGUCGUAAAUCAAGAGAUAGAGAAAUUAUGUAUCCCAGUGACCUUAUUGAUGCCAGUAAGUAUAAAAUAGCUUAUUAAAUAUUUAAAUAUUUUAUCUUAACCUUGUUUAUUUGAAAUUUUUAUAGGCUACUGUGAUGGUCAUUUAUUAAUAUAUAGUGAUACCCAUAUAAAUAUAUUUAAUGCUGAUAGUGGUGACUGGAUUCAAACAUUAAACUUACGAAAUUCACAUCCCAUUAACACUACAGGUUCUUUAACUGUGUGUUAUAUUGAUGAUUUGCCAUGCAUUGUGUACUUGUCCAAUGUGCACCAAAGUAUAUUAUAAAUAUUAAUCAUUUAAAAUUAUACUGGUUUCAUUGUUAAUAUUUUCAUAGGAGAACUUAUCAAUAUUAGAUGGAGAGAUAUGAGUGGAAGCAUGUCCAUCCCACGUACAAGAAGAAGAUUUUCUAUGCGUGAAGGUCAAAAAGCAAUUCGUGGGCCUGAUCGUAGAUCAAAAAUAAUAUCUGCUCCAACUAAUUUCAAUCACAUUAGCCAUAUGGGACCGGGAGAUGGUAUACAAAUUCAAAGAUUACUCGAUUUACCUACAACAGUUGAAACUGCAGAUUCUAUGCCUCCAACUAAAGUAAUCAACCUGAUAUCAUUCAUUAUAAAUAAUCAAUGUUAAUACCUAAUACUUAUUAAUAAUUGUAAUUAUAGAAGAAUAGUAAACAAUAAUGUGUAUAUUAAAAUUCAUAAAUAUAAAAAUAAUAUUUAUGUUAAAAAAAAAAUUAAAUGCAUAGUAUUUUAAAAGAAACUAAUAUUAUAUGUGUUUUUAUAGCCUCUUCAACAAUUUACUUCAACAACUAGCAAACAUUCAUUUCAAAUUUCAAGAAGUCCAUCUCAGCAGCAUUCUACUUUAAGCGGUAAUUUGAUUUUUCUUAAUACCUUAUAAUAGAAUCAAAUUUAAGUAACUAUUGGUAUAAUUGUUUAAAAAAUCCAAAUAAUAACAAAUUAAGCUAAUACCUGAUAAACAAACAAAACACUGUGAUGUCUUGAAAAAUGAAUUAUGGUUGAAAUAUUAAAAAUAAGUAAUUAAUUUUAAUAAUUUUCUAAUUGUACAUUGUAUUUAAUUUAUGAUCUUAUUAUUUGUUUUAUAAAAUAAUGUUUAAUAUUUAAAUGCUCAAUAAUGUACAUUACAAAUUCACCAAAUAAUAUAAUCUAAUUUUUUAAUUAUUAAUUAUUAUUAAUAUUGAUAAUGUUAUAUUUUAAUGAUCAUAAAUGUAAUAAAAUUGUGGUUGUCAUUACAAUUGAAAUAUUGUAAUUUAGACAAGUUCAAAAUGGCAAGAGCAAAGUAUGGGAUUGACAUGACUCGUCAAUCACCUGAAGAAAGUAAAAAUUUAAUAUUACGCUCAAAUAUUAAUAAAACUAUUUAUCAUCCUAUUGGUGGUAAGCUUGGCAUGAUUUUUUAUGUAGUUUUAUUGACUAUGACAAAAAUCUUGUGUGUUAACUUUACAAUUUCAACUAGCUAAAAAAAAAAUUAGUUUAAUAAUGUAAGACUAUUAUUUAAUUUCAAUGAUUAAAUAUUGUACAGGGGGUUUUUUUAUUGGUAUAUUUGUUACUAACAAAAGUUAAAUAUAAAUUUUUUUUUUUUUUUUUGAGUUGUAUUACUUAUUUUUAAUUAAUUUGCUGGAUUAAUAAUUAUCUGUUAUUGCUAACCUUAUGCAAUUGCUUGUUUAUAGAAUUUAAAAUUAUUUUAUUAUUUACUCUUAUUAAAUAUUGUAUAUUUUGAUCAUUAAAUAAACUGUUUAGCUACAUUUUUUAUAAAUCCCUAUUAUUGAAUUUGUAGUUUUAAUAAUUAUAAGAAAAAAAAUAUUACUGAUAUUGUGUUUAUUUUAGGAUCUACAGCAAAAAGAUCAUAUAUUAAAAAAAAAACAGUACUUCAACCAAGAACACCAGAAUCGUUUGGCUCUAACUAUUCUCAUCAUCAUUCAGAUACAGAUCUACCCCCAAAUAUGUCUCAUUCAUUAAAUCGCAGCAUAUCCUCUUUAAAUGAGUAUAAAGUGAGUGAACUUUUACAAAUUUCUCAAUAUUACAUUAUUGUGAUUGUUAUUAAAAUUAUUAAUAGGAUCAUCAGAUUGGUAGUUCAAGGCAUUCUGUGGCUUCAAACAACAGCAGUAAUACUAGCACUCCUCCAAGUCCAAAUCGUGAGCAUGGAUCAUCUAGUUACGAUAGUUAAUUUUUGUUUUUAAUUGGAUACAACUAUUAUAUGUAAUAGUUACAAUAUUUUAUUUAUUAAUACAUAGUAUACUAAUAUAUAAAUAAUUUAUAUAUAUAUAUAUAUAAAUGCAAUAGUGAUUUGAUUUCAUUCUUAAUUUUUUAUUUAAUUUAAAUUUACAUUUGCAAUUAGAUAUGUGAGUUAUAUGAAUUACUUAAAUAAUAAUAUAACAAAUUAUAUUAGAAUCUUUUAUGUUUAUUUGUAUAUAAUUUAUUAAAGUAAUAAAUUAUAUUAUUAAAAUUAAUAUUUUUUUUUAAGUUUUGUUUAUAUUUUAAUAUAGCAAUUAAAUACAAACAAGUUUUGCCAAUUAAAAAAGGCCAAUUAAUAUUUAUUAAAUUAAGAACUAUCAAAACUAGUUUAAAUAGAAAUUGGGGAGAAAUUGUCUAAUACUUUUCCAUUUGCAACAUGUUCAACAUCAAAACUGAUGAAAUUAAUUUGAGUUUUAUAAUAAUAAGUAAACUGCAUUUCUAUAUACUUCUAAUUAUUUAUUCUGGUCAUAUUAUAAUUGUUUGUAAUUGAUUUCAAAUUUAUUUUUCAUCUAUUUUUAGAUGCAAAUUUUAAAUCUAGUCUUGCAUCAUCUUGAUUGUUUUUCUAUAUGUAUAAUAUCUAUUUGUAUAAUCUAUUUAAAAUCGUUAUUUUCUCCAUACCAUAUCUCAUCUUUAUAUUAUUCAUUUACAUUUAUAUGGCCACUCAUUUAUUCACCCCUUUAAAAAUAAAUAUUGUAACUAAUAUUAUAAUAGUAUAGAUUUAAUGGAUUUUGAUGCAUUAUUGUUUGAUAGUAAUCAUUAUAAAUAGUUUAAUUGUUAUUUGUUAUACAUUUAAUUUUGUAGUUUGAUUAUCUAAAUUUAUAUUCAAACUCAAAACAUUUGUAGUUUCAUUUUAUACUGCUGUAUAGAUUACUGCUAUGAUAGAAAUGGCAGCUAUGAACUAUUGUUAUAGCAGUAAUGUUAACUUUGCCAACAUUUAACAUUACUGUCAUAGAAAUAGUAUGUGCCUGUUUUUAUGUAAAAAUUUAAUAUUUAUUUUUUCAUUUAAAUAAUUUUUUUAUGAUGUAAUUUAUAACAUUAAUUAAUUAAUAUUUAUAACUUGUAGUACGCUUAUUAUUAGUUAUUAAUUACUAUCACAUGGGUUUUUACAUAUUCUAAUGACUAGUGUUCAACCGAUUAUUUGUAUAAAAUAUAUUUUUUUUUUUUAAAUUGACAUGGAUCAAAAAAUGAUUUAAUACACUACUAUUAUUUAAGUAACAAUGAACUGGAUUGUUGUAAGCUAUAAUGCAUUUAAUGUCAUAUCUAAACAUAAUUUUAAGUAAACUUUACUAAACAUUUUAUUACAAAUUCAAAAUGUGAUUAUGUGACUAGUUUUUAAUUGGUUUGAUUUUCAUUGCAUUAUCAAUUUAACUAUGAUCUACUCUAAAGAUUAAUAAUAAUCAAAUAAUCAGUAUUAUUUAUAUUAUAAUUUGUAUGUUUUUUUUUUUUUUUUUUUUAAUAAGUGAAUAUUGUCUGUAACUAUAUAAAUAAAUCAAUUAUUUUUUAUACAAAAAUCGACUAAUCCAUGAUAUAUAUGAUAUCAAAGGGGAAAAAGGAGGAUUAUUGUAUUAAAGAUAUAACCAUUUUUUUUUUUCUUUUAAAUUAUUUCAUUUUUAAAUCGUAUACAAUUUUCAUACUUCAAGUAACUUUGUAUCUCUGUUAUAGUAUUACCUACAAUUUUAUGUGAUGUAUUAAUUUAUUAUAUAAAAUUAAAUUUAAACUCAUUUUUGAUUAAUUGAUUAUAUUGUGACUUCAUAAUUUUGCUCACUUCUAUUGUGUUAUACUAAUAAACUUCUUGAACACUAGUCAUCACAAUAAUUGCCAUUUAUCGUAAACCGUGUCACAUUUUGCUCAGUACUAUUUGUUGUAAUAUCUAUGUGUAAAAUUCAGUGAAUGAACAAACGAAUUUGAUUUUUAUGUAUACAUAAUUAUAAUAAUUUCAUUUAUUAUUUAUUUAUUUUUAUUUUUGAAAACAAUUUUAGAAUAUUUGACUUGAUCAGAUCAUAGUGUCUUUCUGGUUUUAUUUUUUGAUAGCUAAACAAAAUUUGGUGGGCUAUUUAAAUAGUAACUUAUGAAUGCUAAUAUUUUUUAUGGAAUCGAACACUUAGAAAUAGACUAGAUAUUAUACAAAGUGUUUUUAUAUUUAAUUUUACAUAAUGUUGAUCAAUAUUAUAUUAUAAUAAAUGUCUAUGAAAAAAAUAGUUAAUUUUAAAAUGUUGCUAAAUUUUUUAUAAAAAUAGAAUGUUAAACUUAUUUAAUAAAUCACUGACAGAAAGACACUGUUAUUUGAUCAUCUUUUGUGUACAGGGUGAUUUAUAAAACACAUUGUUAAGAAUAAUAAAAUUAUACUUAUUAGUAUGUAGGUAAUACAUUUGAAAUAGUUCAUUUAAUUUUUGUUUAUUUUAAAAAGCCUAUCUGUGCCAAUAACCUAUUCAAGACAUUUUAACUAUAAUUACAUAAAGAUAAAGUCCUUACAAUUUUUUUAUGAUUCACUUAUAUGUUUAUAAUAUGAAUUUAUAUGAAAAUCAAAAAUAUUAUGUGUUAAAAUAACAAUUAACAAAUACAAAUCCAUAAAUAUUCUCAAUAUUUUACAUUGAAGAAUAUUUCAUAAUAUUAUUUGUUUAGAUUCAAUUAUGUUUCUUUGUCAGUAAGAAUUUUAUUUUUAUCUUAUCAAUGUGCCCUUUAUACACAAAGUUAAUUAUUAGAUUUUUUUUUUGUAAUUUGAGUGAGAAAUAACAUUUUUGAUGUAUUGUAGGCACUAAUAUAUUAAUUAACAUUUUAAUAAAUGUCAAUAAAUCUGUUUUAUAUAUUGAAAGUUAAAACUAUUAAUAUGUCAGUAACAAUAGUUUAUUAAUAUUACUAUUAUUAUUGUGUAAAUUGAUUUAUUAAUAUUAUAAUAUUAUUUAUAAUUUGAGCUCUAAUUUAAAACUAAUAUAUUGACAAUAACUUAUUUGUAUUAAUUAUUAUUAUUGUAUAAUUUAUAAUACAUAAAAUGUUUUAUAAGUAUUAUAUAUAUAUAAAUGUAACAAAUAUUAUGAUAAAUUGAUAUUUGUUUAAAAGUUUUAAAUUUUCACUUGUUCACCAUAAUUCUAGUCUUUUAAAGUGUUUACCUUUACCUACUGUACAAAAAUAUUGGUAUUACCUAAGGUUUUGUUGCGGUUUGGGUCUAUGAUUUGAUUAAUAAUAUUGAAUAAAUGAUACAAUUAGAUUGUGCGUAAACAUUUUUACUCUCAGUUUAUAAUUUAAAUAUUAUUAGAUCUAGAUACUUAUUUUAAAGAAAUUGUUUUUAUCAAUAAAAAGAAAAUAUUUAAAUAUUUAUUACAUUUGUAGGUACAAAAUCUACUACAAAUAAAUGUACUCACUCAACUAAUUGAUUUGUUAUUUUAUAUAUAUAUGUAUAAUUUUAGACUAUUUAAAUUUUGUUUUAAUAAUGAUACUUAGUUGCUUGGCAAAACUUGUGUAUCUGCUUAAAAUUAUAAAAUGUUAAAAUGUGUUUUUUUUUAUCUCUGAUUGAUGUAUGAAUUUUGACAAAGCAAUCAUUUUAGUAUCACCAUAAUCAGUUUUUUUCUAAAAAAUUAAAGUUAUGAAUAUAAUAUUAUAAUUAUAUACAAUAAAC